AUGUUUGUUCAAUCUUCUCUUCUCGCCCUGGCGGCCCUUGUACCCAUCUCUCUUGCCCAGAUCUCCGACGACUUCGAGAACGGAUGGGACAAAAGUAUCUGGCCUAUCUACGCACCUCAAUGCAACCAAGGUGGCAGCGUGACACUCGACAGCACCACCGCCCACAGCGGCAAGAACUCUAUGAAGGUUGUCGGCGGUUCUAACGGCUUCUGUGGACACAUUUUCUUUGGCACGACGGAGGUCCCGUCUGGUGGUGAUGUCUACGUGAGGACGUGGCUCAAGCACGAAAAAGCCCUCGGCGACCCGCACGUCACCUUCAUCGUCAUGCCGGACUCCGGCCUAGGCGCGGACAAGCACCUGCGCCUGAGUGGGCAAAUGGACAUCAUCGAGUACAACCGUGAGGACGACGAUGCCACCAUGCCGGAUCUCUCGCCAGAUGGUAUCGCCGCCUCGGCAGGGAUCCCGACUGACACCUGGGAGUGUUUGGAGUACCACCUGAGCUCCGACGGCACGAUCGAAACCUGGAUCGACAGCAAGGCCGUGCCAGGUCUCACGUUCACGCCCGGUGGCAGCAACGCCAAUGCCAAUGGGUGGGGUACUAGCUACAAGCCAGACAUCCAAGGUGUCUACUUUGGAUGGGAAUCCUACUCGGGCACCACCGACACCUUCUGGUACGACGAUGUGGCCAUCGACUCGAAGCGAAUUGGGUGCUCCGCGUCUGGUGGCUCUCCAGCGCCGGCCCCGACAGACGAGCCCACCACCAAGCCCAAGCCGACUUCCGAACCCAAGCCGACCACCAAGCCUGAACCGACCCCUUCGUCGUCCUCCGCCGCCGCCGCAUCGUCUAGUGCAGCACCAAGCAGUGUAGGUGCGUCCAGCGCGCCGGCGUCCAGUGCUGCUGCGAGCAGUGCAGCCGUGUCAAGCGCAGCGUACUCUAGCAUGGCGUAUUCCAGUGCUGCGUACUCCAGCAUGGCGCCUAGCAGCAGUGGUGCGGCAGUGUCUUCUUCCGCCCCACCAGCGCCUUCCGAGACUUGCGAGGUCGAGUAUGUCUACGUGUAG